AAAGAAAAGAAAAGGGAAAGGAAACACUAAUAAAUCAAAUCGAGAAGAGAUGGAGAAGGAGGCAUUAGGGUUACCUCAAAAUGAAAUCCACAUGCUCGACUUCCCACUUCACAUACUCUCUGACAUCAUGCUCAAACUUCCACCAUACUCCAUCAUUAGAUGCGCCUGCGUCUGCACCACCUUCAGAAACAUCGUAACUGACCCUUCCUUCAAACACCUCUACUUCUCACGCGCCCCAACCACCUGCGUCCUACUCUCCGAUCACCACCGUCUCUCCACCCUCCACUCCUCCCCCCCUCAGACCUCCCCUUCCUCCGCCUCCUCCUGCCUCGCCCGCAUCCAUUCCUCCGCCUCCUCCCUCAGCGGCAUCGACCCAAUUCUCCCCCACCCCAAAAACCCCACCCCCGACACCUCAAGGUUCAUCUCCUUCCAGGGACACAUGAAAUUGGUCAAUUCCAGCCACGGCCUCCUGUGCAUGCGCUCUCAAUAUCCCCUCUACAUCGUCUGCAAUCCCUUGUUCGGCGAGAUUCUCUCCCUCCCUCCACCCCCCACCACCUCCAACCAAUUCGUCCGAUUCUCCGCUUUCGGCUUCGAUCCUCUCACCAACCGUUACAAACUCAUUCAGAUUGUCCCCAGGCACGAUCAAGUCGUCGCUGAAUUGUACCAAUUGGGAGACGACACCUGGAGGACCAUCGAGAAUGUUCCAUCGCCCAGGCCCGACAGCGCCUUUGACCCCUCCCUCAACGGUGCCCUUCACUGGGUCACCGACGCCACCCGAGUCUCCGAAUUGAUAUGCUCCUUUGACCUCCAUACGGAGAAGUUCAAAUCGGUGCCUCCGCCUUCCCACUUCAAUGCGGAGUACGCCAAUCACGUGUUUGGCACGUGCGUUGGUGUCUUCAAGGGUCGACUGUGUUUGUGCUAUGUGAGUGAGGGUGCGCGCUUCGAGACUUGGCUUAUGGAGGAGUACGGCGUGGAGGCCUCUUGGACUCGGGGCUUUGCUAUUGACAUACAAUCUUAUUGUGGUCUUAGACUCCACGACAAGCACAGGCCCAUUGGGUUCAGCAGCUGUGGGGACAUGUGGCUCAAAGCUGACUCUGAUUCCGAUCCCCAUUCCGAGUGUCUCGUCUCCUACACCGCCGACAAGGGUGUUUUCCGCCACAUUGAUAUCGGGGGAAUCGCUUCCAACAAUGUUGAAGCCGUUCCUCAUGUUUUCAGCCUCGUUUCGCUCAGGAACCUAGUUGACGUCAACAACCCGCAUCUCACUUUCCAGAUUAUAAGACCCAAAAAACGCCCCUGUUAUGCACCUCUCGAUUUAACCAUUGGCAUUAAUCAUUAUUAUGUAUGAUACUUAGAUACAACUAUACUGCAAUUUUCCAAUAAACUUCUUUAAGAGUUGAUACUUAUUAUUAUGCGCUGUUCCCUGUUUAGACUGAGCAUGGUAUGAAGAAAUUAGAGUAAAUCUUGGGGGGCGUUAGGCCCUAUUUCCUGGAACAAUAUCUACGGAGGCUUCAUUUUUUUAAUCUGCGAAUACACAUGACUCGAUGCAUUUCUUCUGAAAUGUCAGAUGCUUUCCUUGGGAUCAGAGCCUGUUGCUCUGAUAAACGGGUCAUUCUACAAGUUUCUGCAGAGAGUGAUGCCAGAUGUAUAACAUGCAAAAUGUCUGUCAAAUACCUCUUUCUCAUUUUUAGUUUUUUAAUACAUUUCUUGGACAUAUACAAUCAACUUUGAUCAGUGGCGUUAUUUUGAGAUUGUCCACUGGUGAAAAAAAUCAUGACGAAUCAGUUUCAUAAGGAAAUUGUGUUCAACUAUUCACCCCCAUACCAAACCCAGCCUAAGCUGUAAAACAUGGCUUCUUUGUGGUACACGCCUGUGCCUUUUUUGUUAGAGAACUCUGAACACUACACUACAGGGCCUUCUUUCAUAGCUUUGUCGUACUAGGAGAAUGGACCUGCCUUUGCAAUUACCUUCUAUCCCAUCAGGAAUCAGGAUUGACUGCGGUCAACGGUAAAUCAUCUCAGUGCUAGAAAAUUUCAUAGCCAUACUCUCCAUAUCAUACCUAUUAUUGAGGCAAUUAGGAAGUCUGUUGUGCAGAAGUUGUUAUAACUGUAGGGGAUCUAUAUCCCGACCUCUGGGAAUUAGGAAAUAACGCGAAAAACGAACUGUAUCGCCUACAUUAGUACACGGCUUUACUUAGAUUAAAAAUGCCUAAACUUUUUUGGUUCUGUCACAAGUACAGCAUCUGGAACAGACUCGGCAACACUUUGCAAAAAGCUUCUUUUGUACAACUAUAGCCAACACUCCCUGCCUUCUUUGAUUUUGUAAACGAGUAUAUAAAUUGACGGGUGAUGAUAUACAUUUUGU